AUGAUGAUCCACUACCCCCAUCACAAGCUAAACCGACAGAGGUCAAACCAAUUCCUCCAUCUUCACAAACUAGUGUGGUUGAUCAUGAUGAAGAAGAUGAUCCACCACCACCCACACAAGCUAAACGGAGAGAGGUCAAGGCCAUUCCCUCAUCUUCACAAACCUGGUGGAUUGAUAAUGAUGAAGAAGAUGAUCCACUACCACUCACACAAGCUAGAGGGAGAGAGGUCAAACCAAUUCCUCCAUCUUCACAAACUAGUGUGAUUGAUCAUGAUGAAGAAGAUGAUCCACUACCACCCACACAAGCUAAACGAAGAGAGAUCAAGGCCAUUCCCUCAUCUUCACAAACCUGGAUGAUUGAUGAUGAUCCACUACCACCAUCACAAGCUAAACGGAGAGUGAUCAAGCGCAUUUCUCCAUCUUCACAUACCUGGAUGAUUGAUGAUGAUGAUCCACUACCACCAUCACAAGCUAAACCGACAGAGGUCAAACCAAUUCCUCCAUCUUCACAAACUAGCAUGAUUGAUCAUGAUGAAGAAGAUAAUCCACUACAACCCACACAAGCUAAACGGAGAGGGAUCAAGGCCAUUCCCUCAUCUUCACAAACCUGGAUGAUUGAUCAUGGUGAAGAGGAUGAUCCACUUCCACCCACACAAGCUAAACCGAGAGCGAUCAAGGCCAUUUCCUCAUCUUCACAAACCAGGUUGAUUGAUGAUGAGGAAUCACCCUCACAAGCUAAACGGAGAGGGAUCAAGGCCAUUCCUCCAUCUUCACAAACCUGGAUGAUUGAUGAUUAUGAUCCACUACCACCCACACAAGCUAAACGGAGAGAGAUCAAUGCAAUUCCCUCAUCUUCACAAACUAGUGUGAUUAAUCAUGAUGAAGAAGAUGAUCCACUACCACCCACACAAGCUAAACGGAGAGCGAUCAAGCCCAUUCCUCCAUCUUCACAAACUAGUGUGAUUGAUCAUGAUGAAGAAGAUGAUCCACUACCACCCACACAAGCUAAACGGAGAGGGAUCAAGGCCAUUCCCUCAUCUUCACAAACCUGGAUGAUUGAUGAUGAUGAUGAAGAGGAUGAUCCACUACCACCCUCACAAGCUAAACAGAGAGCAAUCAAGCCCAUUCCGCCAUCUUCACAAACCUGGAUGAUUGAUGAUGAUGAUCCACUACCACCAUCACAAGCUAAACCGACAGAGGUCAAACCAAUUUCUCCAUCUUCACAAACCUGGAUGAUUGAUGAUUAUGAUCCAUUACCACCCACACAAGCUAAACGGAGAGAGAUCAAGGCAAUUCCCUCAUCUUCACAAACUAGUGUGAUUGAUCAUGAUGAAGAAGAUGAUCCACUACCACCCACACAAGCUAAACGGAGAGCGAUCAAGCCCAUUCCUCCAUCUUCACAAACUAGUGUGAUUGAUCAUGAUGAAAAAGAUGAUCCACUACCACCCACACAAGCUAAACGGAGAGCGAUCAAGCCCAUUCCUCCAUCUUCACAAACUAGUGUGAUUGAUCAUGAUGAAAAAGAUGAUCCACUACCACCCACACCAGCUAAACGGAGAGGGAUCAAGGUCAUUCCUCCAUCUUCACAAACCUGGAUGAUUGAUGAUUAUGAUCCACUACCACCCACACAAGCUAAACGGAGAGAGAUCAAGGCAAUUCCCUCAUCUUCACAAACCUGGAUGAUUGAUGAUGAUCAAGAGGAUGAUCCACUACCACCCUCACAAGCUAAACGGAGAGCAAUCAAGCCCAUUCCUCCAUCUUCGCAAACUAAUGUGAUUGAUCAUGAUGAAAAAGAUGAUCCACUACCACCCACACCAGCUAAAUGGAGAGGGAUCAAGGCCAUUCCUCCAUCUUCACAAACCUGGAUGAUUGAUGAUUAUGAUCCACUACCACCCACACAAGCUAAACGGAGAGAGAUCAAGGCAAUUCCCUCAUCUUCACAAACCUGGAUGAUUGAUGAUGAUCAAGAGGAUGAUCCACUACCACCCUCACAAGCUAAACGGAGAGCAAUCAAGCCCAUUCCUCCAUCUUCGCAAACUAGUGUGAUUGAUCAUGAUGAAAAAGAUGAUCCACUACCACCCACACCAGCUAAACGGAGAGGGAUCAAGGCCAUUCCUCCAUCUUCACAAACCUGGAUGAUUGAUGAUUAUGAUCCACUACCACCCACACAAGCUAAACGGAGAGAGAUCAAGGCAAUUCCCUCAUCUUCACAAACUAGUGUGAUUGAUCAUGAUGAAGAAGAUGAUCCACUACCACCCACACAAGCUAAACAAAGAGCGAUCAAGCCCAUUCCUCCAUCUUCACAAACUAGUGUGAUUGAUCAUGAUGAAAAAGAUGAUCCACUACCACCCACACCAGCUAAACAGAGAGAGAUCAAGGCAAUUCCCUCAUCUUCACAAACUAGUGUGAUUGAUCAUGAUGAAGAAGAUGAUCCACUACCACCCACACAAGCUAAACGGAGAGCGAUCAAACCCAUUCCUCCAUCUUCACAAACUAGUGUGAUUGAUCAUGAUGAAAAAGAUGAUCCACUACCACCCACACCAGCUAAACGGAGAGGGAUCAAGGCCAUUCCUCCAUCUUCACAAACCUGGAUGAUUGAUGAUUAUGAUCCACUACCACCCACACAAGCUAAACGGAGAGAGAUCAAGGCAAUUCCCUCAUCUUCACAAACCUGGAUGAUUGAUGAUGAUCAAGAGGAUGAUCCACUACCACCCUCACAAGCUAAACGAAGAGCAAUCAAGCCCAUUCCUCCAUCUUCACAAACCUGGAUGAUUGAUGAUGAUGAUCCACUACCACCAUCACAAGCUAAACCGACAGAGGUCAACCCAAUUUCUCCAUCUUCACAAACCUGGAUGAUUGAUGAUUAUGAUCCACUACCACCCACACAAGCUAAACAGAGAGAGAUCAAGGCAAUUCCCUCAUCUUCACAAACCUGGAUGAUUGAUGAUGAUCAAGAGGAUGAUCCACUACCACCAUCACAAGCUAAACUGACAGAGGUCAAACCAAUUCCUCCAUCUUCACAAACUAGUGUGGUUGAUCAGGAUGAAGAAGAUGAUCCACCACCACCCACACAAGCUAAACGGAGAGAGGUCAAGGCCAUUCCCUCAUCUUCACAAACCUGGUGGAUUGAUAAUGAUGAAGAAGAUGAUCCACUACCACCCACACAAGCUAAACGGAGAGCGAUCAAGCCCAUUCCUCCAUCUUCACAAACUAGUGUGAUUGAUCAUGAUGAAGAAGAUGAUCCACUACCACCCACACAAGCUAAACGGAGAGGGAUCAAGGCCAUUCCCUCAUCUUCACAAACCUGGAUGAUUGAUGAUGAUGAUGAAGAGGAUGAUCCACUACCACCCUCACAAGCUAAACGGAGAGCAAUCAAGCCCAUUCCGCCAUCUUCACAAACCUGGAUGAUUGAUGAUGAUGAUCCACUACCACCAUCACAAGCUAAACCGACAGAGGUCAAACCAAUUUCUCCAUCUUCACAAACCUGGAUGAUUGAUGAUUAUGAUCCACUACCACCCACACAAGCUAAACGGAGAGAGAUCAAGGCAAUUCCCUCAUCUUCACAAACUAGUGUGAUUGAUCAUGAUGAAGAAGAUGAUCCACUACCAUCCACACAAGCUAAACGGAGAGGGAUCAAGGCCAUUCCCUCAUCUUCACAAACCUGGAUGAUUGAUGAUGAUGAUGAAGAGGAUGAUCUACUACCACCACCCUCACAAGCUAAACAGAGAGCAAUCAAGCCCAUUCUGCCAUCUUCACAAACCUGGAUGAUUGAUGAUGAUGAUCCACUACUACCACCAUCACAAGCUAAACCGACAGAGGUCAACCCAAUUUCUCCAUCUUCACAAAACUGGAUGAUUGAUGAUUAUGAUCCACUACCACCCACACAAGCUAAACGGAGAGAGAUCAAGGCAAUUCCCUCAUCUUCACAAACCUGGAUGAUUGAUGAUGAUCAAGAGGAUGAUCCACUACCACCCUCACAAGCUAAACGGAGAGCGAUCAAGCCCAUUCCUCCAUCUUCACAUACCUGGAUGAUUGAUGAUGAUCCACUACCACCAUCAUCUUCACAAACCUGGAUGAUUGAUGAUGAUGAUGAAGAGGAUGAUCUACUACCACCACCCUCACAAGCUAAACGGAGAGCAAUCAAGCCCAUUCUGCCAUCUUCACAAACCUGGAUGAUUGAUGAUGAUGAUCUAUUACUACCACCAUCACAAGCUAAACCGACAGAGGUCAACCCAAUUUCUCCAUCUUCACAAACCUGGAUGAUUGAUGAUUAUGAUCCACUACCACCCACACAAGCUAAACGGAGAGAGAUCAAGGCAAUUCCCUCAUCUUCACAAACCUGGAUGAUUGAUGAUGAUCAAGAGGAUGAUCCACUACCACACUCACAAGCUAAACGGAGAGCGAUCAAGCCCAUUCCUCCAACUUCACAUACCUGGAUGAUUGAUGAUGAUCCACUACCACCAUCACAAGCUAAACAGAGAGAGAUCAAACCAAUUUCUCCAUCUUCACAAAACAGGCAGUCCUCUUCACUGCAAUCUGAAAUCCUAGAUGAUGAUAAGGACUCUUUUAUAUCGGACGAAAUGUUUGAUGAUUCACGGGACAGUGAUUUUGUUUUGAAUUCCAAUUCAGAGUCUGAUUCUAGUGAUGUUGUCCCAAUAAUUGACAUAGGUGCUUUUAAAACUGUAAAAAAUGAUCAAAAUGACAAGAUAUUCUUUAAAGAUAUGCCCUUGGUUUACUUCAGAGGGAUCCAAAGAACAAAAGUGGGUAAAAAUGGACAAAUUAAAAAAAGUGACCGCGUUUUUAGUAACAAGCAUAGCUGUUUAUAUUGUGGAAUUCUUGUUUGUAAACCAGUCGAUCAUAUGGAGAGAAAACAUGGUGAUGAAAAAGAGAUAGCCGAUCUUCUUGAGUUAAAGCCAAAGAAAACUGACAGUUCUCAAGUGCGUAAGAAAAAAAAUUCUGUUCGCCAAAAACAGCUGGAAACUUUACGUAAUCGUGGCAAUCAUAGACAUAACAUGGAAGUCAAGCAUUCAGGUGAGGGUGAGAUCAUACCUUUAAGAAGACCACCAGGAAAAGGAGUAUUUUAUUUGUCUAGAUUUGGGCCUUGUCCAAAUUGUUAUGGAUGGAUAAGUGACCAGUCGAAGCAUCGAUAUCGCUGUGUAGCUAAGGGUAAAGAUAUCGAAAGUAAGAGUAGCUUGACUGUAAAAAGUAAUCUACUUAUGGGACUGUAUGAAAGAGCAUCCACCACCCUGACAAAAGAAGUAUUACAAACUAUGGUAGUUGAUGAUUGCUCCAAAGUUGCUACAAGUGAUCCUCUAAUUAUGGAAUUGGGUGAUGUGUGGUUGCGAAAAUCUUGCAAAAACAAACUGAGGCGUGCAAAUUACACCAGCACAAGAAUGAGAGCUGCAGCUCGUCUUUUAAUGGAGUGUAGAAAACUGGAUGAAAAUAAGAAGACAAUGAUUGACUUUAUAUCUCCAUCUUCAUUUGAAACUGUCAUCAAGGCCACUAUUAAUGUUGCAGGGGGUGAAGAAUACAAUUUAAAUAAACCCUCCACAGCUUUAAAGAUUGGGCAUGACCUCCAAAGAAUGGCCAAUAUAAAAGAAACAAAAGGAAUUAUUUCUAAACAUGAAGAGCAUGUCCUAGACGCCAAGAAUUUUAAUAAAUUACUUAAGAAAAACUGGAAUCAACGAAUAAGUUCAAUGGCAUCCUCAACACUGAAUGAACGCAGGUUCAAUAAAAUAAUUGAAUUACCUUCAGGACAUGAUUUAAAUUUAUUGUCAGACCAUCUAAAAAAGGAGUUGUCUACGAUAGAAGAAAUUGGUGAUAAAACAACUUUUCGACGUGCAGUUGAGUUGGUUGAAGCACGGUUACUGACGUUUAACAAGAGACGUCCAGGGGAGUUGGAAGCUAUGAGUGUGGAGUCAUAUACUGGAAGAAGAGUAGAUGCUGCCCUGGAUGAUUUUAAAAAAGAUCUGACUUCUUUUGAGCUAGAACUUUGCAAGACGUAUGAAGUCGUUAAUAUUAGGGGAAAGAGAGGGCGAAAGGUACCUGUACUAGUACCACCAGAAUGUCGCAAUGUUAUGGAUAUGAUUGCCAAUGAAGAUGUUAGAGAGCUAGCAGAUGUUGCCAACAGUUCAUUUCUGUUUGCUAAUUUUGGUAAAGGAGCUGUACGUGCUUAUGAUGCGUUAGAGAAUGUCUUGAGUGAAUUAAAGCUAGAAAAUGCUAGUUUUAUCAAAUCAACACUACUAAGGAAAUACAUUGCUACAACAACACAGGUGCUUAAUAUUUCUGAGAAUCAACUUGGAUGGAUUACUAAUCAUUUAGGACACAACAUCAACGUACAUAAAGAUUUUUACCGAGUUAUGUCUUCCACUAUUGAAAAAACGAAAGUAGCAAAAUUAUUAUUGCUGGCAGAUAGUGGUUCAAUAACCAAUUAUUAUGGGAAGACGAUUGACGAAAUAGAUUUUGAAAGCUCUGCUGGUGACUUUCUUGUGAAAGAUGAUGAAGAACAAGAUAUUGUUGAUGAUGAGAUUAAUAUUAAUGAUAGAUUACAGCCACUUGAGAAAAGAAAGAGUAGUAGUCUAGAAGUAGUUAAGAGAAAGAAACAAAAGAAUGAAAUUAUUGAAGGACCCACAUGUAGUAACGAUACACAGAGAAAUAUGUUGCAGAUUUCAGAUAAUAAUGAUGAGAUUGGAUCACAGCCACUUGAGAAAAGAAAGAGUAGUAGUAGUCCAGAAGUAGGAGGACCUACAUGCAGUAACGAUAAACAGACAAAUAGGUUGGAGACUUCAGAUAGUAAUGUUUGGAACAAAGAAAAGAGAGGGGCCUAUAAUGAAGUGUUUUUUAAACUUGUCCAAUUACGAGGAAAAAUGCUGAAAAAAGAAGAAAUAGUAUCCCUCAAAAACAAGAACCCAAUUUUAAAGAAAAUGACCUAUGACAAAAUUAAAAAUAAAAUAAAUGCAGAUGUACAGAAAAUAAGACGAAAUAAAGACAAAAACUAAAAAUAAUUUGCAGAUGUACAGAAAAUAAGACCAAAUA